UUUGUCUAAUUGGGAGAUCACAUACUCCCGGCCGGGCGUUGUUGCGCCUGUCGUCCCCUUUGCGCAUCUAGGUCUCCGAAAACUUGAACUUGUGUACUCGGAGUGAGUUGCGCACAGCUCCGACUCCCCCCUCCUCUCCCCUCCCCUCCCCACUGCUCCUCCUCCUGCAGCACCACUAAACCGAGCAGUAACGGGACACUUUCAGCGCACCAAACCUUUACCAUGCCUGCUAUGUACGCGCCCUCCACCGGCUUGGAUGAUGCCGACGCCGGAAACGUAUUGCUGUCAUAGUUGUAACAUGUGGCGGUUGGGAAUGAUCGUUGAAACCUGGGUUUGGUGUUGAAUGAUCGCAGGGACUGCAAGGGGAUUUCACAGCGAGCUGAUUUGGCCGACUGGAGAGGAGAGAGGGGUUCAGGAUGCUAAGCUGCACUUCAUACUGUAACCUUUCUUUUUUCCAGGCUGUCGCUUCAAACCGGGUUUACUCACUGAUCUCAUGCUGAAUCCUGAUAUGUCAACUGAGUCUUCUGUGGACCUCUGAAGGAAAUGUCAACACUCACCCACAUUCAGAUGUGACAACAGGACUCCUGCUACUCCUGAUACUUCAGACGAGCCAAAGCCAGAGCUCGUCUGUUGUUGAGAAAGUGCUCCUUAUUAUGAGGGGUUUUGAGGCCAAAAAGACUAAAAGCUACAGCCAUUUUUAUGCUCCGCUUGUCUACAAUAGACCUGGGCUGUGGCACGAAAGCUUUUGUCAUGUGCAAGCUUUAACAUAAGUGGUUGGAGGCUGUCAUACAGAAAGGACUGCUGUGUCCUUGGGACUGACAAGUUGAGCCUGGCGCAAUCUGUAUACUUUUCCUGCCUUCAAUACCUGGUCUGAGCUGCCCAGUCUGCGGCAGCGUGCUUUCCAGAUGCUGCCAUGCCCAUCAUCAGCAACGCCAACCAUGACUUCAGCAAUCUGUCCGUCAGCGAUGACAGCAGUCUCGACCGCAUCUUCACAGAGAUCCCCGAGACUGAGACCAUCAAGGGUGCGUACUACAAGAGGGCUCAGUUCAUCCGUCGGCCAGAGGACCUGGUGUCCGUUGACCACACCUUGCUGGCUGUGAUCAACGUUGGGGGAAAUCGCUACACCUUCCCCUGGAGCACCCUGGAGCAGUUUCCCCUCACAAGACUUGGCCGCCUCUGUGGCUGCCAGUCCCCCGAGGAGAUAGCCAGCGUCUGCGACGACUAUGACGAAGCCCACAAGGAGUUCUUCUUCGACCGCUCACCAUCUGCCUUCAGGGUCAUCCUCAACUUCCUAGCUGCGGGGAAGCUGCGCCUACUACGGGAGAUGUGCGUGCUCUCCCUGCACGAUGAGCUGACCUACUGGGGCGUGGAGAUGACGUACAUGGAGCGCUGCUGUAAGAGGAAGAUGUACACACGCAUCGAGGAGGUGCACGAGCUGGAGCGGCGCGAGGAGGAGCGCAGGCAGAGAAAGGCCAUGCAGCACGUGCCAGUCGAGUUGACGCAGUACCAAAAUGUGAUGAACUGGCUGAGAGACAUGGUGGAGAAUCCACAGUCUGGCUUACCGGGGAAGAUCUUUGCGUGCCUGUCGGUGAUCAUGGUUGCGGUGACUGUCAUCAGCUUGUGUAUCAGCACCAUGCCAGACCUCAGAGAGGAAGAGGGAAGGGGUGAGUGUUCCUCUAAGUGCCACAACAUGUUCAUCAUAGAGACGGUGUGCGUGGCCUGGUUCUCCCUGGAGUUCCUGCUGCGGUUCAUUCAGGCCGACAGCAAGCUGGACUUUCUCCGCGGGCCGCUCAACAUCAUCGACGCCAUGGCCAUCCUUCCCUACUACGUCUCCCUAGUGGUGUCAGAGGAGGACCCAGAACUGGAACACGAGAGGCCAGGAGGAGGUAAGGGCUACUUGGACAAGCUGGGCUUGGUGUUGAGGAUCCUGCGGGCGCUGAGGAUUCUCUACGUGAUGCGGCUGGCUCGCCACUCUCUUGGCCUGCAGACGCUGGGGCUGACGGUCAGGCGCAGCACUCGGGAGUUUGGCCUCCUCUUGCUUUUUCUCUGCGUGGCCGUCACCCUCUUCUCCCCACUGGUCCACUUGGCCGAGAGCGAGCUCACGGGCACCCAUGACUUCAGCAGCAUCCCCGCCUCCUACUGGUGGGCCAUUAUCUCUAUGACGACCGUGGGCUACGGCGACAUGGUGCCCAGGUCCAUCCCAGGACAGGUUGUGGCGCUGAGCAGCAUCCUCAGCGGCAUCCUCAUCAUGGCCUUCCCUGCUACCUCCAUCUUCCACAUGUUCUCCCGCUCCUACCAAGAGCUCAAGAUGGAGCAUGACAGGCUGUUUAAAGAGGAGUGUGCGGAGGCAGCUGCUGCUGCAGCCGGGGAGGUGCAGGAGGUGGGAUGUGAAGGAGGGGGGGAGAACUCAGCACUGCCUGGGCUGGGAUCACAUCUGGACAAGAGUGGUGUGCACCCACUGGAGUCUCUUCAUUUGUUAGGGAAAGGUGGUGACGCUGCAGGAAAUAACAAUCACAGCCUGCCACCAGCAGCUUUCUGAAGAGUACUCACACUGACUGACUCAGUCCUAAACUUCUAAGAAGAUAUGAGUCCACUAAUUUCAGUGUUGCAUACAAAAAGUACUGCAAACAACUAAUGAUCCAAAAGCCCCCCCCCCCCAUAUGGCUGUUGAGGUUAUUUGUGUUGCAUCGGAUAAAAGGAGAUUAAACAGACAGCACUUGUUUUGCUCUUUGGUCUGCUGAGAAGAAAUGCACACUAUAGACUGCACACAAACUGAAAGACUUGAAACCCUUUAAAUUAGAUGGUCCAGUUUGACUGACUAGUAAGCAUCCGCAGCAAUAUUAGGAACUGGCUGCUUCCAUAAACAUGCAAUAUUCAAUCCAAAGUUGCUUUUCCUUCCACUGUGAAAAUACUUAUAAGCUUAACUGCAACUUCAAGUUUUAUUCUUAUUACUUUUCAAUAUGUUGCCUACAGAAUGACCAGGAAUCAUACUGAAUUCUCUGUCAUUAAGUGCUCCUCUUAGUUUAACUUUGAGAAGCUUUAAGCCAUGUUCUGCGAAGAAAUAUUAACAAACUGAUAACUUGGUCAAUAUAUGAUAUAUGAUAUAUGAUAUAUAUCCAUCUCUGUCUCACUCAUGUAUGUUUGUACGCUUGGACUCAAAGAGGUGAUGGUUUCUACACCCUCUACCGUGAACUCCAGGUAAACUGUGGGGAAAUAUUGCAGAAGUUAUAGUCCACAUUGUUGUUUUAAAGGUGGGGAGAAAGAAGGAGGGUUUGUGUGAGAGAUUGAGCAUUAACAACCAUGAUGUGUAGUUUGCAACGCUCCAAAUAAAAGUUCUCCUUGUAAUCUGAGAGAAAUCC